AUGACAAAUAGAGCAAGUAUUUAUGCAGGACAUGGUGGUUUAGCAACAGUUGGUAAAAUUUUUGGAGCUCCAUUAUUGGAUGUAAUUAUGAGCCAAAAAAAGUCCAACCCAGAUAUCAACAUACCAUUAUUCCUUCAUAAUGGAUUCAAAUAUAUUAUUCAACAUGGUUUAGGUAUCGAGGGUAUCUUUCGUAUUGCAGGUACAAAAGAGAAGGUUAAACAAUUACAAAUUCAAAUAGAUAAAGGUGAAUUCAUCGAUUUCGAUAAAGAAAGAGUAGAUCCAGUCGAUUUAGCCGAUCUUAUGAAAAUAUACUUUAGAGAAUUACCAGAUUGUCUUUUGCAAAGUGAUCAAUAUGACCAUUUCAUUUCAUUGUUAACUUUAGAUCGUCUUGGUCAAAUUCAAAAACUUCGUGAAUUGGUAUCUGGACUCAAACCCGAAAAUAAAGAAGUUUUAAAACAAUUAGUUUGGUUUUUAGGUAAAAUUGCUGUCAAUGCAUCAUAUAAUAAGAUGACAGAAGAAAAUUUAGGUUUAGUUUGGGGUCCAAAUUUAUUAUGGAAAGGUGGAAAAGCAGUUAGUACUACUGAUAUGAUGGAGUUGAUGGCAGGUGCAGGUAAAAUCAAAUUAAUUGUUACACUUUUAAUUGAAGAACAAGAUCAUGUAUUUUCAAAUUUAAAUCCAUCAGUUACAAAAGGUGAUAUGAAAGUAUCAUUUUUAUAUAAAAUGGUUGGUGGAUUUAAUAAAACUUGUCAAGGUAUUUCAAUUGUUGAAGAUGCGGAAAGUAAAUCAAUUUGGACAGCAAACUCUGCAGGUAUUAUUAAAAUUUUUAAUUCUGAAAACUAUACAACUGAAAAAGAAUGGGAUAGUAAUCUUGGUAGAAUUCACACUAUGACAUCAAUUAAAGAUCACGCAUGGAUUGCCACAAGUCAAUCAGUAAGUCUUUGGAAUAAAAGUGGUACUUUGGUUAAAGAGUUCCCAGGUUUACAUGCCUCACUAACCCCAGUCAAAAGUGAAAAUGGAGAAUAUAGAAUAUGGGCUGGUACAGAUCAAAAAAUUACAAUAUUUUCAUGUGAUACUUUAGAGGUUGUACAAACUAUAUCAAUUCCAAAUCAAUUUAUUGUUAGCAUUGCAGAGAUCCAUGGCGAAUCCAAUCAAGUUUGGGUAGGUGGUGUUAAUGGUUGUAUUUAUAUUUUCGACAAGAAUACAGGUGAAGAAAUUAGAAAAUUGGAAACACCAGCUAAAAGAAAUAUUACCUGCCUUACCUAUCAUAGAUAUAACGAUAAUGGGAAGGUAUGGGCUGGUUCUGAAGAUAGACUUAUAUUUGUAAUUGAUCCAACCGAUUUUUCAAUUGUUAAAACAAUUUCACAUCCAGAUUUAUUAUUAAUAAACUCAUUGAAAUCAAUUUCAAAUUCAGUUUGGAGUUGUUCAAGAGAUUCAACCAUUAGAAUUUGGGAUUCAACUACUUUCCAAUUAAUUGGUUCUUUAGAAGAUUAUCAUACUGAUGCUGUAAUCGAUGCUGUACUCAAUUAUAAUAAUAGAAAUCUUCGUUGGGAAUUCUGGUCCGCUUCUUUUGAUAAAACAGUUUGUGUUUGGAUUGUUAAUAGUGAUUCAUUACUUCCUCCACCACCACCAUUAUACUAA